GUGCCUCCGUGCAGCCGGCGCUGCCGCCGCCACCUCGGCCGGCUGCGGGACUCGGGCUGCCGGGCGCGGUGGGCGGAGCAGCCCGGGCUUUGCGGGAAGCGGGGUGAAGGCGGCCGAGACGAAGGGGGUCGAGACGGGGGAGUGGAGGUUUGGGGGGGUGGGGGGGCAGGCGGCCGCCAUCUUCUCGCUGAGGCCGCCUCGCCCGCCUAGCGCGCCCGUCCGGCAGCGCACGGGUUAAGGCUGGCACCGCGCCCGGCGGGAGGGGGGGCGCCCACCUCCCCUCCCCCCCGCGCCGGGCAUGCGGGGCCCGCUGGGCACCGAGGAGGAGCUGCCGCGGCUGUUCGCGGACGAGAUGGAGAACGAGGACGAGAUGUCAGAAGAAGAAGACGGUGGCCUUGAAGCCUUUGAUGACUUUUUCCCUGAGGAGCCUGUGAGCCUCCCCAAGAAGAAGAAACCCAAGAAGCUCAAGGAGAGCAGGUCCAAAGGGAAGAGGAAGAAGAAGGAGGGGAGCAAUGAUGAGCUGUCGGAAAAUGAAGAGGAUCUGGAAGAGAAGUCAGAGAGCGAGGGCAGUGACUACUCCCCGAAUAAAAAGAAGAAGAAAAAACUCAAGGACAAAAAGGAGAAAAAAGCCAAACGAAAAAAGAAGGACGAUGACGAGGAUGACAACGAUGAUGGAUGCCUCAAGGAGCCCAAGUCCUCAGGGCAGCUCAUGGCCGAGUGGGGCCUGGACGACGUGGACUACCUGUUCUCGGAGGCUGACUACCACACGCUGACCAACUACAAGGCCUUCAGCCAGUUCCUCAGGCCGCUCAUCGCCAAGAAGAACCCGAAGAUCCCCAUGUCCAAGAUGAUGACUGUCCUGGGUGCCAAGUGGCGGGAGUUCAGUGCCAACAACCCCUUCAAGGGCAGCUCGGCGGCGGCUGCCGCGGCGGCCGUGGCCGCGGCCGUGGAGACGGUCACCAUCGCGCCUCCGCUGACCAUCAGCCCCCAGCAGGCACCGCAGCCGGUGCCCAUCCGCAAGGCUAAGACCAAGGAGGGCAAGGGGCCUGGAGUAAGGAAGAAGGUCAAGGGCUCCAAGGAUGCGAAGAAAAAGGGCAAAGGGAGAAAGGUGGCCGGGCUCAAAUUCCGCUUCGGAGGGGUCGGCAGCAAGAGGAAGAAGGGCUCCUCGAGCGAGGAGGAUGAGCGAGAGGAGUCGGACUUCGACAGUGCCAGCAUCCACAGCUCCUCUGUGCGCUCCGAGUGCUCUGCUGCCCUGGGGAAGAAGAGCAAGAGGAGACGCAAGAAGAAGAGAAUUGAUGAUGGUGAUGGCUACGAGACGGACCACCAGGACUACUGUGAGGUGUGCCAGCAGGGCGGGGAGAUCAUUCUGUGCGACACCUGCCCGAGGGCCUACCACCUCGUCUGCUUGGACCCAGAGCUGGAGAAAGCUCCGGAGGGCAAGUGGAGCUGUCCCCACUGUGAGAAGGAAGGGAUCCAGUGGGAGCCGAAGGACGACGACGACGAGGAGGAGGAGGGCGGCUGCGAGGAGGAGGAGGACGACCACAUGGAGUUCUGCCGCGUGUGCAAGGACGGCGGCGAGCUGCUCUGCUGCGACGCCUGCCCCUCCUCCUACCACCUGCACUGCCUCAACCCGCCGCUGCCCGAGAUCCCAAACGGUGAAUGGCUCUGCCCGCGCUGUACUUGUCCCCCUCUGAAGGGCAAAGUCCAGCGGAUCCUGCACUGGAGGUGGACAGAGCCCCCGGCCCCCUUCAUGGUGGGGCUGCCGGGGCCUGACGUGGAGCCAGGCGUCCCCCCACCCAAGCCUCUGGAGGGCAUCCCAGAGAGAGAGUUCUUUGUCAAGUGGGCUGGGCUCUCCUACUGGCACUGCUCCUGGGUGAAGGAGCUGCAGCUGGAGCUCUACCACACGGUCAUGUAUCGAAACUACCAAAGAAAGAAUGACAUGGACGAGCCACCGCCCUUCGACUACGGCUCCGGGGACGAGGACGGCAAGAGCGAGAAGAGGAAGAACAAGGACCCGCUCUACGCCAAGAUGGAGGAGCGCUUCUACCGCUACGGCAUCAAGCCCGAGUGGAUGAUGGUCCAUCGGAUCCUGAACCACAGCUUCGACAAAAAGGGGGACGUACACUACCUGAUCAAGUGGAAAGACCUGCCCUACGACCAGUGCACCUGGGAGAUCGACGACAUUGACAUCCCCUACUACGACAGCCUGAAGCAGGCCUACUGGGGCCACAGGGAGCUGAUGCUGGGAGAGGACGCCAGGCUGCCCAAGAGGCUAGUCAAGAAGGGCAAGAAGCUGAGGGACGACAAACAGGAGAAGCCCCCGGACACGCCCAUUGUGGAUCCCACGGUCAAGUUCGACAAGCAGCCGUGGUACAUCGACUCCACGGGCGGCACGCUGCACCCUUACCAGCUGGAGGGCCUUAACUGGUUGCGCUUCUCCUGGGCCCAGGGCACCGACACCAUCCUGGCCGACGAGAUGGGUCUGGGCAAGACCGUGCAGACCAUUGUUUUCCUGUACUCCCUGUACAAGGAGGGGCACUCCAAGGGGCCCUACCUGGUCAGCGCACCCCUGUCCACCAUCAUCAACUGGGAACGUGAGUUCGAGAUGUGGGCGCCUGACUUCUACGUGGUCACCUACACUGGGGACAAGGAGAGCCGCUCCGUGAUCCGGGAGAACGAGUUUUCCUUCGAGGACAACGCCAUUCGGAGCGGGAAGAAGGUGUUCCGCAUGAAGAAAGAAGUGCAGAUCAAGUUCCACGUCCUGCUCACCUCCUAUGAGCUCAUCACCAUCGACCAGGCCAUCCUGGGCUCCAUCGAGUGGGCCUGCCUCGUGGUGGAUGAGGCCCACCGGCUCAAGAACAACCAGUCCAAGUUCUUUAGGGUCCUGAACAGCUACAAGAUCGAUUACAAGCUGCUGCUGACGGGGACCCCCCUUCAGAACAACCUGGAGGAGCUGUUCCAUCUUCUCAACUUCCUGACGCCGGAGAGGUUCAACAACCUGGAGGGCUUCCUGGAGGAGUUUGCCGACAUCUCCAAGGAAGACCAGAUCAAGAAGUUGCAUGACCUGCUGGGCCCGCACAUGCUGAGGCGGCUCAAGGCUGAUGUGUUCAAGAACAUGCCGGCCAAGACGGAGCUGAUCGUCCGCGUGGAGCUGAGCCAGAUGCAGAAGAAGUACUACAAGUUCAUCCUCACGCGAAACUUCGAGGCGCUGAACUCCAAGGGGGGCGGGAACCAGGUGUCGCUGCUCAACAUCAUGAUGGACCUGAAGAAGUGUUGCAACCACCCCUACCUCUUCCCUGUGGCCGCUGUGGAGGCCCCCGUCCUGCCCAACGGCUCCUAUGAUGGCAGCUCGCUGGUCAAGUCUUCAGGGAAGCUGAUGCUGCUGCAGAAGAUGCUCAAGAAGCUGCGGGACGAAGGGCACCGUGUGCUCAUCUUCUCCCAGAUGACCAAGAUGCUGGACCUCUUGGAGGACUUCCUGGAGUACGAGGGCUACAAGUAUGAGCGGAUUGACGGCGGCAUCACUGGGGGCCUCCGGCAAGAGGCGAUUGACAGAUUCAACGCCCCUGGGGCCCAGCAGUUCUGCUUCCUCCUCUCCACCCGGGCAGGCGGCCUGGGCAUCAACCUGGCCACGGCAGACACGGUCAUCAUCUAUGACUCCGACUGGAACCCCCACAAUGACAUCCAGGCCUUCAGCCGCGCCCAUCGCAUCGGGCAGAACAAGAAGGUGAUGAUCUACCGCUUCGUGACGCGGGCCUCGGUGGAGGAGCGCAUCACACAGGUGGCCAAACGCAAGAUGAUGCUCACGCACCUGGUGGUGCGGCCCGGCCUGGGCUCCAAGUCGGGCUCCAUGACCAAGCAGGAGCUGGACGACAUCCUCAAGUUCGGCACGGAGGAGCUCUUCAAGGACGACGUGGAGGGCAUGAUGUCUCAGGGCCAAAGGCCUGCCACGCCCAUCCCCGACGUCCAGUCCUCCAAAGGGGGUGCCCUGGCCGCCAGUGCAAAGAAAAAGCAUGGCAGCACCCCACCAGGUGACAACAAGGACGUGGAGGACAGCAGUGUGAUCCACUAUGACGACGCGGCCAUCUCCAAGCUGCUGGACCGGAACCAGGACGCCACGGACGACACGGAGCUGCAGAACAUGAAUGAAUACCUGAGUUCCUUCAAGGUGGCGCAAUACGUGGUGCGCGAGGAGGACGGCGUGGAGGAGGUGGAGCGGGAGAUCAUCAAACAGGAGGAGAAUGUGGACCCCGACUACUGGGAGAAGCUGUUGCGGCACCACUACGAGCAGCAGCAGGAGGACCUGGCCCGCAACCUGGGCAAGGGCAAGCGUAUCCGCAAGCAGGUCAACUACAACGACGCCUCCCAGGAGGACCAGGAGUGGCAGGAUGAGCUCUCAGACAACCAGUCAGAAUAUUCCAUCGGCUCCGAGGACGAGGACGAGGACUUUGAGGAGAGGCCGGAAGGGCAGAGCGGACGGCGACAAUCCAGGAGGCAGCUGAAGAGCGACAGGGACAAGCCUCUGCCCCCUCUUCUCGCCCGGGUCGGCGGCAACAUCGAGGUGCUGGGCUUCAACGCCAGGCAGCGGAAGGCCUUUCUCAAUGCCAUCAUGCGCUGGGGCAUGCCCCCCCAGGAUGCCUUCAACUCCCACUGGCUGGUGCGGGACCUUCGUGGGAAGAGCGAGAAGGAGUUUAGAGCCUACGUGUCCCUCUUCAUGCGGCACCUGUGCGAGCCAGGGGCUGACGGCGCGGAGACCUUUGCGGACGGCGUGCCCCGCGAGGGCCUCUCCAGGCAGCACGUGCUCACCCGCAUCGGGGUUAUGUCACUAGUUAGGAAGAAGGUUCAGGAGUUUGAACACGUCAACGGGAAGUAUAGCACUCCGGACUUGAUUCCCGAGGGCCCCGAGGGCAAGAAGCCAGGGGAGGUCAUCUCCUCGGACCCCAACACGCCAGUGCCUGCCAGCCCUGCCCACCUUCUGCCUGCCCCGCCGGGCCUGCCAGACAAACUGGAAGCCCAGCUGGGCUACAUGGAUGAGAAGGAGCCAGGGGUGCAGAAGCCGAAGAAGCCCCCGGAAAUCCAGGCCCUGGAUGGCGUGGAGGGCGAGGACAAACACGAGAGCUCUGACGGCAAGGAGAGGGCCCGCGAGGAGCGCCUGGAGGAGGCCGAGAAGGCCCAGCCCUCCCCGGAGCAGCUGCCGAAAGAAGAAGUGCUUCCUGAGAAGGAGAAGAUCCUGGACAAGCUGGAGCUAAGCCUACUUCACAGCAGAGGCGAUGGCAGUGAUUUCAGGCCAGAUGACACCAAGGCUGAGGAGAAGGAGCCCAUUGAAACACAGCAGAAUGGUGACAAAGAGGAAGAUGAGGAGGGGAAGAAGGAGGACAGGAAUGGGAAGUUCAAAUUCAUGUUCAACAUUGCGGAUGGGGGCUUCACAGAGCUACACACGCUGUGGCAGAACGAGGAACGUGCCGCUGUGUCCUCGGGGAAAAUCUAUGACAUCUGGCACCGGCGCCAUGACUACUGGCUGCUGGCGGGCAUCGUGACGCACGGCUAUGCCCGCUGGCAGGACAUCCAGAACGACCCGAGGUACAUGAUCCUCAACGAGCCCUUCAAGUCUGAGAUCCACAAGGGCAACUACCUGGAGAUGAAGAACAAGUUCCUGGCCCGCAGGUUCAAGCUGCUAGAGCAGGCGCUGGUCAUUGAGGAGCAGCUCCGGAGGGCCGCGUACCUCAACAUGACCCAGGACCCCAACCACCCGGCCAUGGCCCUCAACGCCCGCCUGGCCGAGGUGGAGUGCCUUGCCGAGAGCCACCAGCACCUGUCCAAGGAGUCCCUGGCCGGGAACAAGCCUGCCAACGCCGUCCUGCACAAGGUCCUGAACCAGCUGGAGGAGCUGCUGAGCGACAUGAAGGCGGAUGUGACUCGCCUGCCCUCCAUGCUGUCCCGCAUCCCCCCAGUGGCCGCCCGCCUCCAGAUGUCCGAGCGAAGCAUUCUGAGCCGCCUGACCAACAGAGCCGGUGACCCCACCAUCCAGCAGGGCGCUUUCGGCUCCGCCCAGAUGUACAACAACAACUUUGGGCCCAACUUCCGGGGCCCUGGACCGGGAGGGAUUGUCAACUACAACCAGAUGCCCCUGGGGCCCUAUGUGACCGAUGUCUAGCCGUCCCCGAGACUUCCCUCUGGCGCAGCGCUCGUUUCCAGCCGAGCCGCACCUGCCGGGGCCCCUGCCCGACCCCCACAGGAGAGAAAAGCUGCCGCCUUUCUAGAGCCAAGCCACCGAGGACAGAAAGGGAAACCGAGGGAUGCCAUCAUGCGGGGACGAGGCCCAGCCUGGCUGGGCCCGACCCAGAAGUGCCACCCAAUCCCAAUCCAAGUGUUCCGCACGGCGUCACCCCACACCCCACCGGGACGCGGCCUCGGCCGCCUCUGCCAGGACGACCUUCUAGAGAUUUCCUUCCUUUGUUCGUCUUCUGCACUUUCCUGUUGAAGACUUGCCUGGGUUUGUCUUGAUAAAAGUUGCGUGGCAUGUGGAGGAGUCUGACCAGCAGCACUUCCGCCCCCUCUGUCCAUGGGCUCCAGACUGGACGGGAAGCUCCUGCCAGCCCCGCCACUGUCCACAGACUCGGCCCAGCUGGGGAGGACGCAGCGCCCGCCCUGGGCGCCCUCGGUGUGACUGCCGGGCUCCGACCCUGGGUCCCCAGUGCCAAGUGGGUCAGGACUGGGGAGGUGCUUGGCCUGAGGGCAGAGACCUGGCUAGUGCCCAGGUCAGGCCAGGCCUCUUGUUCUGCCCCUUUCCUGCAGGGCUGGAGAUGGCCAGGUGUGCCCUGUCUCCAUGGGGGUGUCAGCAGGUGUCUGUCCCUGGCCCAGCGUGUCUCACAGGCCAGACUGUUGUCCCCAGUGGAGGGACCUGCGUGACCGGUCACAGCAUGUGCUCGGGGAGGGAGGGGAAGGGCCCGCGUGUGUCGGCCUAGGGGCCACCGGAACCUUUGUCCCAGGGCUUCUGCGGGAAGGGGCUGGCCCUCUGCCGGGUGUGGCCUGCCUCCCAGCAGGGAGGGUCACAGCCGCAUGGACAGGGGCCAGGAGCGCCUGGUCCUACUCUGUGCCCUGGGAGGCUCAUCACCCCCACCUCCAGUACAUGUUCCCCGCACUGUCUCUUGGCUGCAGACCUGGAGGGAGCAGGCCACCCCCUGGAGCCUGGACUGAUCCCUCCCUGUCCUGUCCCUGGAGGGGCCUCGAUGCCAGCACUUGUGGCUGGGGGGCAGGGUCACUGCUGUCCUGGCUGUGUUCUCUGAUGGUUUGGAGGAAGCUCUGCUUGGAGGCACGGGAUCCACCUGAAGUCCCCUCCCGCCUUCCUGCCUUGUUUCCUGCUAGGAACACCCGCUGGAAACCUGCCCUCCACCCCCACCCACCCACCCCCCUGGGGCUGUCAGGGCCCUGGGCCCCCUGUGUCCGAUGCUCCCUCUGUCUGGCCCAACCUCGGCCUGGAAGGGAUUUCUGAGCCGUGAGCAGAGAGGGGCCUUCUUGGCUUGGAUUCUGGGGACAGAAUCCUGUCUGAGGGAGAGGAGGGCCAGGACAGGAUUUGGGGGUGUCUUGCCGACACAGGGCGAUUGGCCAGCCCUCCCGGAGCCCAGAUGUCCUCAUCUGUAAAUGGCUCUCCUUGAACCCCUGGAGGGCUGGACCCCCAAGGCCGCCUGACCCUGGGCAGCGUGGAGGGCCGCCAGCACGCGGCACACAGGUGUCUAGGACACCCGUGUGGCAGCAGCUAACCUUGCCCUCUGGGCGGGGCAGGGUCAUUCCUGUCCCCUGAGGUUCAUCCAGGGCUGUGCGCGCACGUGUGGUCCUCUAGUCCCCGCCUCCUUGCAAAGGCUCCUGGCUGAGGCCACGGGCAGGGUGACCACCACGACCCCCCACCCAGGGCCCUGGGACUCUCCCCUCCUAGACAGGGGGCCAGCCCUGAGGCUGGCCUUGUGGGGACACAGCGGACGGUUCCUGAGCCUCCGGUCGGAAGGCGUCAUGAUGCAGGACAGGAGUCUGCGUCUCACUGCCCCUUUCUGAGGGCGGCAGUUCCCCCCACCCACCCUCGCUCCCUAGGAAGCUUCCCUCUGUCCCUCUGCCUGCCCCUUCCCAGGCCUCGCCAGGCCGCUCUCUGCCCUUCUUCUCCACCAGCCGGAGCUGGGCACCCACUCACGGCUGGCCGGGCCCCUGGCACUGCCUGGUCCAGGAAGGGCUCAGCUUCCCACGGCCAGCACCUGGGAGGCUGGGGAGCGGGUUUCUGGUUGACUGGAUGGAGAGGGAAAAGGAUCCUGAGAAUGUGUUCUUGGUUUAGCACGUCUCUCUUGCCGGAAGUUGUGGUGGUGGUGGAGGGGGGAGCGGGGCAUCCACUGUCUUUGGCAUCUUCAAGCUGCGUUGGGUUUUUGCUGCUGGCAGAACGAGGGUCGUCCUGUGGCAACAGAAUCCCAAAGUGCCAGCCCGUAUUUUUAUUUCCCGCCACCUUAUUGUUUAGACCAGUGCCGCGUAGGCUUUCUGUUGAACCACUUUUGGGCCGCAGUCUCGGAAACCACCGCCUGCUGCUGGCUCCCAGGGGACCAGGGGAGUUUGGGGGGUGGGACUAUGUCUGGGGGCGUCCCUCACACACGCCUGCCUGCCACUGAAGUCCUGAGACCCCUGGGAGGAGACCUGUCCUGCAGGCCGCCUGCAGAAGCCCCUUUGCUUUCUGCAAGUGUGGUCCUGCCCUGCUGGUGCCCACGGCUGGUGCAGGCGCCCGCCCUCCUGCUUGUGGGGGGUCCCUUCCCAGGCUCCCCUGGGGACUCCCGGCCCAGGUCUGGGGCCAGCCGGGUCUUGCUCCAGGGACACCUGUAGCCCUUGCUCCUGGGUGUCGGGUCCCAGGGAAGUUGGGCCGGGGGGUCGUGUGGUGGGUGGGCUCGGGGACCUGUGAGUGUUCCCAGAGCGGGGUGGCAGGAAGGAGUUUGGGUGGGAGGUGGGGCCUGGGGUCUUGGCCUGGCACCCCUCCCCCCACCUGCCACUGCCCUAUGCUGACCACUGUGUCCGUGGGGGAAGCUGGCUCCCGCCCCAUUUUAUAUUUCUGGAAGUUUACAGGUCGUGGUGCAUCAGCCCAAAGUCAUUGGCUUGUGUUUUGGGAUUUUUUUCUUAGUUUUCAGAUUUUUUUUAAACAAAGUAUUUUUUUAGAUGCGAUAACCCAGAAAGGGCCCGUUGGGUGUGUGUGUGUCCUGAACCCCUGAAACUGAGAUGGGAGCCCGAGUCUCCUGUGGCUGCUCUGUGCUUGGGGUGCGGGGAGGGUCCCGCCCUCCUGCAUCGAGCACGGGAGGAUGGGGGGGGGCAGACCCCCACCCAGGCUGGUGUCUGGCCCAGCUGAGAGCCCCUCGCUGGGGACAGCCCCAGGCUUGGUGAGUUGGGAGGGUCCCAGCCGGGGAGCUGGAGCUGGAAGCUGAGGCCCCGUGAGAGGUGACCUGUCCGGCCCCCUGGGAGGAUGUGGGAGGCUCAACAGACGGUAACCGACACCAUCCCUUUUACUUUGUAUUCUGUGUGUGUGUCUUGGUUUUCUGUGUUUUAAUAAAUCCUUUGGGAAAGGAUUGAA